UUAGUGCAUUUUUCUAUGGAACGUCAACAAUUGAAUCCACCUAAAAUUCAUUAUGGAAGCUUAGCAGAGCACGAGGCUCUCAGAAUUAUUUCUGGAUCGACUGAUGAAGAUAUUAAAUUAGGCAUUAAAGCCGGAAAUAUAAAUCUUACACAAGGAGAUACUAUCCCAUUAAAUGCUGUUCAUCCAUCAGACAAUCAAAAAGCUAUUUUGGCUGAAUUUGAAAGACGAAAAAGAGCGAGGCAACUAAAUUUAACUACAGAAGAUGCAGAAGUUAGAUCAUAUUUGAGAAAACUUAAAAAACCAGUUUGUGUGUUUGGAGAAGGCCCAGGAGAAAGAAGAGAAAGGUUGAAACAAAUAUUGUCACUUUUAGGUGAUGAUGUUAUUGCAAAAUUAAAAGAGGCAUUCCAUUCUCAAAGUGAUUCAUCAAAUCAAAGAUCUGAUAUUCCAGAUAAUGAAACAUGGUAUCAUGAAGGACCAACCUUACUGAAGGCUGCUAGACUUUGGAUAGCUAAAUAUUCAUUACCAACAGCCAAAGAAAGAUUGAAUCAGGCUAGAAUAGAUUUACAAAUCACGGAAACUCAAAGGACAGCUCGAAAACAGGAAAUUCACAAAAAAAUAAAUUCCUUUUCCCUCCUAUUCACUCAAAUUGGUGACCAUCGCCCACUUUCAUCCUGCGAUCUAUCCUCAGAUGGAACUCUGCUAUCCAUUUCUUCCUGGAGUGGACUCUGUAAGCUUUGGAGGGCUAAGGAUUGUGCCUUACUUCGAACUUUUAAAGGGCAUGCUACGAAUGUUGGUUGCGUAAAAUUUAGACCUGACAUAAAGUACGAUGAUUAUAACCAAGAAGGAAAUAUUAUUGCAAAAACUGGAGAUGACUUGCACGAUACAGCUCACAUGGCUUCCUGUGGCCAUGAUGGAACGGUCAAAUUAUGGAACAUUAAUUCGGACGAGUGUAUCCACGAACUAGAAGGCCACGAACCUUAUCGGGUAUCAAGAUUGCAAUUCCAUCCUUCCGGGAGAUUUUUAGCCACUUGUUGCUUUGAUAACACAUGGCGAUUAUGGGAUUUAGAGAAUCGAGAAGAAAUAUUAUAUCAAGAAGGGCAUUCCGAUGCGGUUUUCGAUAUAGCAUUUCAAAUAGACGGUUCCUUAGCUGCUACAGGGAGUUUGGAUACAUAUGGCAGAGUUUGGGAUUUGCGAACAGGCCAUUGCAUUAUGUUUAUGGAAGAUCACUUAAAGCCUAUAUACUCCAUCGAUUGGCAUCCCAAUGGCUUUCAAUUAAUAACCGGAAGCCAGGAUAAUACGUGUAAAAUCUGGGAUUUGAGACAGAGAAAAUGCUUGUACACCAUUCCUGCCCAUCAAAAUCUUGUGUCCAAAGUCAAAUUUAUGAAACCAGCUGGCGAAUGCAUAAUGACUGCCUCAUAUGAUGGAACCGUCAAAAUUUGGGCACAUCCAGGUUGGAUGCCUAUAAAAACGCUCAAAGCACAAGAAGGAAAGAUAAUGGGUGCCGAUGUCUACGAUUUUGAUUUGUUAGUAACUUGUGGUUUUGACAAAACUUUUAAAUUAUGGGGACCCGAAUGAAAACUGGUCAUUUUGAUUUACUAGGAGAUUGUAUAAAAUUUGUGAUAAAGUGAUAUAUAUAUAUUACAUUUUAUAUUUAUUUAUUUUGUACAUUAAAUAAUAUUAUUUGUUACGCCAAUAAA